GACUGCUGAGUUUAAGCGUUAGUUCCUCGCUAUACAUUUGAGGACACCACAUCCAUAAAUAUCCGGACGAAGUAAUAAGGAGCCCUGACCUGCCAACUACACCCGAUAGGAGAAGGCAUCACUGAGAUAUCACCAUGUCAGGUGAUGAAGCAAAUACCACCGACAGCAUCGUGUAUGAUUAUUCAUUUUAUAAUGGCGGGGAUGUGGGAGAGUUUAUUCCUUGCAGCUACGACCAUGUGGGAAAUUUUGGCAGGGUGUUUCUGCCCACUCUCUAUAGUUUGGUUUUCAUCUUCGGCUUCAUAGGUAACGGCCUAGUGGUGUGUGUCCUAGUGAAGCACAGAAACCAAACCAACUUGACAGACAUCUGCCUUUUCAACCUGGCACUCUCCGACCUCUUCUUCGUCCUCACGCUGCCUUUCUACUCUCACUACUCCGUGGUCAGCGAAUGGACUUUCGGAGGCUUCAUGUGCAGCUCCAUCGCCGGUUUGCACAACAUCGGGUUCUUCAGCAGCAUCUUCUUCAUGGUUGCCAUGACGCUGGAUCGCUAUGUCGUCAUCAUGCACGCGCACACCGUGGCACGAUAUCGCACCUUGAGGAAAGGCAUCGCUCUGACCGUGUUCGUCUGGAUGCUCAGUUUGAGUGUUUCCCUACCGGCUUUCAUCUUCACAAAGGUAACAAACGAGUCCGGCGUGGUGCGUUGUGCCUACCUCCCGGAAAACGAUGGCUGGGAGACUUACAACCUCUUCGCAACAAACAUGCUGGGUCUCGUGAUUCCCUUGUUGGUGAUGGUAGUUUGCUACUCCAGGAUCAUCCCCACCCUGGUGAACAUGAGGACUGCAAAGAAGCACCGCGUUGUCAAGCUGAUCUUGACCAUAGUGGUUGUCUUUUUCUUGUUCUGGGCCCCAUAUAACAUUUGCCUUUUCUUGAGGUUUCUGAAAUCUAAAGGUAAAUUGUUGCUUGAUUGCAAAAAGGAAGGGCAGUUAAUGGUGUCAGUAACAGUGACUGAGGCCUUUGCCUACACUCACUGCUGCCUGAACCCCAUCAUAUAUGCCUUUGUGGGACAGAAGUUUAUGAAACGAGCUGUGCACCUGCUGAGCAAAUUGGUGCCCGGGAGUCACUUCAAAGAUUUGUCAGACAGCUCAUUCAGGAAGAGCUCAGUCAUGUCCAGGUCCUCGGAGGUCACCUCCACUUUCAUCAAGUAGGAGUUGGAAGUCAGAGUAAUGUGUUUUUAUGGACAUCACCUGCAGAGCCUGGCAUGUUUUUAUCCUGGUAGCCUUGUUGUUACUGCCAGCCAUUGUUCAUUUACUUGUCACUUGCAGUUUACCAGAAAGUGUUAUUCAUCAGCAAUGUCCUGCACAUGUAGGGGAGACCUGGUAUGGUUGUAACAUGGAGAGAGUUUUAACAACACCAGUUCCAACAAUUAGAGAUAAGAUUAGAGAUUGAUUUUAAUAUUUUACAGAGUGCCCUUUGCAGUCUUGGCCCACCAAGCCUGCACUCCAGGGUUACCAGCAUUCAUUUGUCAGCACUCUGACCAGUACUUCCCAUUCACAUAUUAGCGUGUGUAUCGUCACUCGAUCUUUUCCAUACUCCAACUCCGAUGGCAGAGAAGUGUAUGGGCAGCUUGUGAGAAAUUCCAGUGGGCAAGAAAAAGUCCCGGUAUGGCAAACAGUAAAAUAUAGAAGUGCUUGUACUGAGUACCGGUGAAUACUGGCUCACUUCAAGCACUGACUGUGAUUCUGAUUAAAAAUAUACACAUAUUGACACACACAGACACACACCUCUUUUUUGUUACACGUAAGGAUGU